AUUUAUUUUUUAUUUACUUAUUACUUACUAUUCUGUAGGUUUAUCUUUGGAUUGAUAGACUGUUUUAAAAUGAAAAACGAACUUUAUUUUUUGCGUGAGACAUUUUUAACCUGUUUUUAUUGCUCGUGACAAGGAACAAAAGAAAAAGAUACUGUUGGACUUAAUUUUAGUUGAUUUCCAGUUCCAGUACAUCUUGGAUGCUUGUUUUGACUAAAUAUUUUUUAUUGACAUGGCUGAAAUUGAUUAUCAGUUAGCUUUAUUACUGCAACAUCAGUUUGAACAAGAAGCGAAGAAACCCAAGGAGCACAAAUCCGAUACAGAAUUCGCCAGAGUGCUUCAAGAACAGUUUCAACUGGAAAAUGAAUUGGACGUACCAAAGAAUGGACUAGUAUAUAAAUCUACAAAAAGUACCCACAACUCUUCAAGCUGCUUGGUUGACCCGUCGUGGGAAGUUAUUGAUCCUACCCCAGAUAUUCAUGUGCUUUUCUUGUCAUUCAACGAUCGAUUCUUCUGGGGUGCUCUAGUAACAGUUUGUGUAUCUUGGAGUAAAAGAAUGACUUCAUGUGCAGGCAUAUGCUCUUAUCAGGGAAGAGGCGGUCUUUGCAGUAUCACCUUAAGUGAACCUCUCUUAAAACUGCGCCCUCGGAAAGAUUUGGUGGAAACAUUACUGCAUGAAAUGAUACAUGCCUACUUAUUUGUUACAAACAACAACAGAGAUAGAGACGGACAUGGCCCAGAGUUCCACAAACACAUGUUUCGUAUCAAUAAAGAAGCAGGUACUAACAUAACGGUCUAUCACGAUUUUCAUGACGAAGUACGUUUAUAUAAACAACACUGGUGGCGAUGUGACGGCCCCUGUCAAAAGUGGAAGCCCUAUUUCGGCAUGGUUCGAAGAGCAACAAAUAGAGCACCGGGCCCCAGUGACAGAUGGUGGGGUGAACAUUCUAGAAAUUGCGGUGGAAAGUUUGUAAAAGUCCAAGAACCGGAAAAUUAUAUGAAGAAGUCAUCUGCAAAGGAAAACGUCAAGCCAAAAGAAGAUAUUCGUAAAUACAUUUCUCCAAUAAAGACAGUCGCUACAGAUAAAGGCACCUCAAAACCGAUAACCUCGACAAUUACCUCGGUAUCUUCUACGGUCACCACUAAUAACAACAACGUCCAUACAAUCAACAAUAGCGACAGUAGCAAAAAAAUAAGGACCGUCAUUCCGAAGGCGAACAAUAUAUUUGGAUUUACGAAUUUAAGUGGAAAUGCAAGUAGUUCAAAAGGGAAAGGCAUGGGUACAGCACUUAAAAAUAGUAGUAGUACUAUAGUCAUCAAUAAGAAACCAAGUACGGCAUCUAAAACGAAUAGCAUUGCUGCUUCUCCAGGACAAAUUUUGAGCGACUCGUCCACAAAUAACGGAAGCAUCGACUACUCGGUAGUUAGAAAUCAUUGGUUGAAUAAAUUCCCAAGUGGUAACGGUGUUAAACGGACGGCAUCUGUUGGAUCUCAAGACGCAAACAAAAUUCCCAGGCUGAACGAGGAGUCGAAUUCGAGUGACACAAUUCCGAAAGAUGAAGCGAAGGCUGAUUGUCCAGUAUGCCUCGAAUCGGUGCUAUUGGCUCGAUUUAAUGAGCAUCUAGAUAACUGCCUACAGCAACCCAAGACGAGAAAGUGUAUAAUAUGCGAAUGCGACGUGUUUGCCGCUGAAUUCGAGAUGCAUGUAAGGAAAUGUUCGGAAGAAAGCUUCGACAAUACCCGAAGGGGACUAAAAAAGUGUACAAUUUGUGAAAAAAUGUUCCCAGUCGCAGAAUACGACACACACGUAGAGAAGUGUCUGCUCAAAUUCUACGACAAUAUGGAAGACGCUUACUGCGACAAGGGAGACCGUGUCGACUGUUUGACUUGCGGAAAAGAUAUCCUCAGGGGCGAGCUGGACGCUCACUUGGACGAUUGCAUGGGUCUGAGUAGAGUUUUUGAAGACGGUAACGCGCCUGUGGAAGGGGAGAGUGUAGAUUCCUGUGAUAAUAACAAAUUCAAUUGCCCGUUUUGUAUGGUGUUGGUCUCGGAGGGAGAGAUGAGUGCGCAUCUAGAUUCAUGUUUGAAUACACCAAGUACCGCUCCGGAAGGAGAACUCAAUAAAAGCGUUUUAAUUAGAUCUUUGCUAGACGAGGAUUUUUAGAUUUAUUAAUUUUUGUGUUUGAAAAUCUUAAAUUAAUAAACUUGAAUUUAUCAAAGCCAAUACUUUUUCGUUGAUAUUCUCUCCUAGAUAAUAAAAUAAAUACUGAAACAGAGAUAAGUUCUUAAUAUUGUAAAUUAUUGUUUCCAAUAACGGUGUAUAGCACCCUUGAUACCUUGAUUACUGUAAAUCAAAGCUGGUUGUAGAAUACAAGUCCAUAACUAUUUUAUGAAAAUUCCAAAUAAAACUUGAAUGGUAUAAACCUGUUAUUUCUUUAUAUACCUAUUUAUAUAUUUGGAAGUUGAUAGUCUAUGUAAAUCUUCAUAAAAUAGUUAUUGCCCUUCCAAUGACUUGUAUUUGUAGAAUUGAAACUAAAAUAUUCCUGUUUUCUAUAACUAGCUUGGAUUUAUGGUAAUUAAGGUGUCAAGGGUGUUAUAAGGAUAAUAAAUCCUACAGCACUUGUGGUGCUUUCAAUGUUUUAUAUACAAAUGUUGGAGAAU